AAAUUUUCCCCUACUUUCUUUCGUUGCACUUUACACCCUCUCUCUCUCACCUUACUCUCUCUCUUCCUGAAAACUCAACAGAUACUCCUCGGAUUAUCUUGUCAACAAAAGGGCCGAAUCAAAAUUUGAAAUUGAUUUGAUUUUAGUUGUAGUGGGAGCUAUUUCGAGAUUUCUAGAGAAUUCACAAUUUGAGCUUUUUUUCUUGUUUGAUUACUGUAUUUGUGUGCAUGUUUUCUGUGUGUAUAGAACAGUGGCUGCAACUGUAAGUUUUCGUUUCAGCUCUUUUUGCCUUUGCUUUCACUUAGGGUUUCUUAUUUCCCUUUUAUUUUUUCCUCUUCUUGACUAUUUGCUGAUAACUUGGCUUCACCUUGAAGCUGCGAUUUUUUCUUCCCACGAAGUUUCAAAAUCAAGAAUCAAUUUCUCUCUCUCUUUUCUUCCAAGAAUUGAAUAGACUUAUCUUUCAGGUUUAAAAGAAUUGAUUUUGAGGGUUUUUCUGAGUGAUCGUGGGUAGAAAAGGAAUUGAUUUUGGUUCUUUUAUGGUUGCGAUUGCUGAAUUCCACCCGACUGCAAUUGUGUACAGUGAUGGGCUUAAAAGUGUAUGCUUUAGCUAAUCUUUUGUUUAUAGGUUGAAAACUAGUAUUGGAGUUUUCUUGCGUUGUGAUUUUGGGAAGAGGAUGAAUUUUCAAAGUAGAGAAUUUUGAGGUUAUGAUGAGGCACUCAGGGUUAAUUUAGUGAUUUUGGGGGCGGAAGUCAUGAGUUCUGGUGGUAAGAGCAGAGGGAAAAAAGAGGAGGGGAAUCAUGACAAGUCCGAGUCGAGAUCGGUAGAAGGAGUUUCUUCCAAGGGAUCAAUCACUGCCUCUGUGGAACUAUGUAUUGAUGAGAAAGUGCUUGUUGACCCCAAAUCCCUCUUUAUUGGAUCAAAAAUUGGUGAGGGAGCUCAUGGCAAAGUUUAUCAAGGAAGGUAUGGUGAUCGUAUUGUUGCUAUCAAAGUUCUUAAUUGUGGUCAAACAUCGGAAGAGAGGAGUGUCCUUGAGAGUCGUUUUGUCCGGGAAGUGGCAAUGAUGUCUAAAGUAAAACAUGAGAACCUUGUCAAGUUUAUUGGAGCUUGUAAGGAACCUUUAAUGGUGAUAGUUACUGAGUUAUUGCCGGGGAUGUCACUUCGGAAAUAUCUUGGGAGCUUGCGUCCUAAGCAGUUGGACCUGACAUUGGCAUUAAACUUCGCUCUUGAUAUUGCUCGAGCAAUGGAUUGUUUACAUGCAAAUGGGAUUAUACAUAGAGACUUAAAACCCGACAAUUUGCUGCUCACGGCAGAUCAGAAGUCUGUGAAGCUUGCAGAUUUUGGUCUUGCCAGAGAAGAAACUGUCACUGAGAUGAUGACUGCAGAAACCGGGACAUAUCGCUGGAUGGCACCUGAGUUAUACAGUACUGUGACUCUUCGUCAGGGGGAGAAGAAGCACUACAAUAACAAAGUCGACGUUUACAGUUUUGGCAUUGUCCUCUGGGAGCUGCUGACGAAUCGCAUGCCAUUUGAGGGAAUGUCAAAUUUGCAGGCUGCUUAUGCUGCUGCUUUUAAGCAAGAGAGGCCUACUCUGCCAGACGAAACCCCAGCUGAGCUCGCGUAUAUAAUCCAGUCGUGCUGGGUUGAAGAUCCAAACAUGCGACCUAGCUUCAGCCAGAUCAUCCGGAUGCUCCACGAGUUCCUCUUCACGCUCAAGCCCUCCUCGUCACCUGACCAAACCAACUCCUCCGAGGCAGAACUGACCAAGAACGGUGCCAUCAUCGAGUUCUCUAGCCGAGCCAAAGGGAAAUUCGCCUUCCUUCGCCAGCUUUUCGCCACCAAGAAGGCUCUCAACUCAUAGUUGAUGCUGCUCACUUCGAGGAAAUGUGAUGAACAAACACUGUUUGAUGAUGAUUUUGGGAAAUUUAUGAAAUCAAGUAGAAAGAAUUAGUGUAUUUCAUAGUAGAACCAUGUGUAAAUCUAUAGACACUGUUUCCCCUUCUGGAGAUUCUCAUACAAAAAAUGCACCCAAUUUUACGUUA